UAUCCAAACAUGUUCAGAACUUUCUGAUGAUAGGACCCCAACGAGAAAAAACCAUGAGCCCAGAGGGGUUGCCUUCACUUUAUCAGUCUGUCCCAAGGCAUCCAUCGGAGCCUUAUGGGGCGCAGUAAGACCCCCUCACCUGCGCCAUGAUUACCCCCGUCUUAUGCAGAGACAUGUAACACCAGCCCCCACCGCAGAUGAUUGGCAUAACACUCUCGGGCUGUGCAUGCAGGUCAUCAUCUACUUCUACUAACCCCAUAUAACAUCCAAGCUCAUCAUGUCUAGCUACCCCUCAUCUCCUUCCACUUCUUAAGCUAGGCACCAGACAGGAUGGGGUCGCCAGUUUCAAUUGGCGAUAUCAUCGCCAUGUCCAAGAUCUCUUGGAAGAUUGCCCAAGCCUUCACCAACGGACGCAAGUCUGCGCCCAUCGAAUUUCGCGAGGUUGAGAACCAGCUCUACUCCCUCAGCUCGGCCCUAUCAGCUUUCAAAGAUGCAUGUGGUGAUGACAUCGCUGCAGUCUCCAUCGAGUCUUCGUCACUUCCCAACCGAUUUCAAGACAAAGAACAACACGAAGGUCUGCAGAGUGUGGAUUGGCUGCUGAACAGCUGCAAUGAGACGCUGAGGCAUCUCGAGAAGCUCAUCGACAAGUACAGUGCUCUUGCAACCGGCUCAGGUCGGGACAAUCCAGAGCCACGCUUUCGACGGUGGAGUGACACUUUGCUCAGGAACUACAAGAAAAUUGCUUGGACAACCGAGGCCGGCGACAUUGCAACCCUACGAAGUCAGCUCCUGGUUCAUACCAACAGCUUGCACUUGGUUUUGGGGACCAUCGUAAACUCCCGUACUUCCAGAAUUGAGGGAAGUCUCGCAACAAACACACAGAUGCUCACAGAAAUUCAUUCUUGGUGGACCCAAAAUCUCAAAGAUGCCACCACUUCUACCACCGAGAGCCAGUCCCUAUCGAACAGUUCAUCAAAGACCAUCGGCUCAAUUAAAUUUCAGGUAUCGCUUGCUGUGGAUAACGCACAAAAGCUCAUCUGUCCUCGAUCAUAUUACCAGGAGGACUUAAACCAUUGGACAUCUCAACUGUUAUUGUGUGGCUGUGAUAAGGCUGCCGACCACCCCAAGCUCAGAGACAUUGGACUGUCACCCAUAACUUUCCCCUUUAAACAUGGUGGGAAGAAUAGGUCAUGGGUGCUCUACAAAGUUUUGGAAAGGUCGACGAACCGUCUGGUAUCUGUAAAUAUCAGUGAUGUUGCAGUUGAACAUAUCCGCGAGUUUCAAGAAUCAUUCAUCGAUCGUCUUGCUGAAGCCACUGCGAGAUCAAUGCUGCAGCAAGGCAUGAGCAAUAUGCUUGCUCACCCAGUACCUGAUAACACAGGGAUUCGGACUUUGUACACGCAAAGUGAAGAUAUCACGAAAAGCAUUCUCAAACUACGUCAUGACACGGUAAUGAAAUUGAUCGAAGGAGAUGCAAGGAUUGUGUUGGACGAAAUUGACUGCUAUGGCUUUGUUGAUGACAACCAGGUCAACAAGCUGACCAGAGCAGAGGUUUCAUUCCAAAUGAUUUCCUUCGAAGCUGCCAAAGCACUCUACCAGAAUAUCGAAGACAUGAGAAGGGAACUAUUUAUCCAGUCUCUAAGCUCCCCUAGGCGAGACGAGAUUGUAGCACUACGGCUCCAAGUUGCGCAGGUCCAGACUGAAGUGGUCUUGAUACAGAACGCAGAGCUCUUGAUCACCCGAGAUAGAGAGGGGAAACAGAGACUGAUUAUUGUCAGCGAGAACAAGUGCACAAUACUCAACCAAGCCCUACCUGAUGAUUGCUUCACCGCGGUUCGGAAAAGUCCCAAUUUCAGCGCCCCAACAUGGCUUGUUCAGAUGAAAAGUGAUGGAAAUCAACAAGUAUUUCACUACCCGAAGGGAUUUCGAAUGCUCAGGUUUCAUGACAAUAAUGCUACAAGAAUGUUUCAACUGGGGCGCGAGGCACUCUCUCAGAGCGAGGGAAAAGCGAAUUUACCCAUUAGGAAUCGACCUGAUGAAAGUGGGGGCCAGAUUGAACUUGACCGCAGUGUGUGAGAUGACGGUUACUUCUCCGGUGACCAACAAGAUUGAGAUUUGGCAAUCAAUCGCUGUAUGUAAUUCUAGUCUUGAACUAUUGGCAAAGAAAUCCUGAUCCGUAAGACAAAGGAAACGUCAAUCAUAAUUUCAUAGACAUCAUAAGGCCCAGCGUCUAACCAGCACCUCACCUCGCCUGAGCAAACUCAAGCCCUCACAGUAACUACACUCUGCCCAGGCACUCUCAUUCCACCAGUCCUCACCUGCUGUCUCACCGGCUGAGUAUUAACAGCCGGAAUCAUCACAACCUGCUGCUGAGGCUGCGGCUGAGCUACAGUUUGUAAAACAACAAACUGCUGCUGCUGCUGUUGUGGCCUCUGCACGUGCUGAACAGGCACAGUAACAAACUGUGUUUGCGGCCUCUGCUGCCUCUGCUGCUGCUGAACAGGCCGUUGAACAACCUGGCUAACCGGCCUCACAACCUGCUGCUGUACUUGACCAACCGGCACAGCAACGAACUGCUGCGUCUGCGGCCUCUGAACCUGGGUAACUGGCACCGCAACUUGGACGUACUGCUGCUGCUGCUGCUGCUGCUGCACCUGCACCCUCACCCGUAGCUGAGGCUGUUGCUGAACCCUAACAGCCUGCUGCACCGGCCUGCCCUGCGCCUGAGUACUAACCCUCACCUUCUGCUGUUGUUGCUGCCCCUGACCCUGUUUAACAGGCCUCACAACAACCUUCCCCUGCCCCGGCGUGGGAAAAGCAGGCAAGGCAUCCGGGUUCGGAUUUUUGACGAUCUUUUUCUUGCCCUUUGCAACCUCAAACGCGUCAGGCAGGUAGCUUAUCGUGCCUGCUUGCACCCCGCUAGGGCUGGGUUUGGUCAAGUACAUCACAUUUACUGUUUUGAACUGUCUCGGCGUCACCCCCUUCUGGGGAGGUGGUGGACCACGAGGAGCGGGGACGCCUUGCGGGGCGAGGCCGGCGAUGUAGAGGUCCCAUUGGCGUUGGGGG